AUGGCGGCCUUGCUCCGCAUCGACGCCGCCGGCAGUCUCCCCGCCCCGCGCCGCCGCACAGCAAAGUACAACGUCGCCCUUACCGCACCGGUCUCCGCCCGUCGCCGCGGCAGUUUUCCGUCUCGAGGGCUGCGCUGCGCCGGCGCGGAAGUGGGCGCCGCGGAGAAGCCUGACGCGGCGGUGGUGGCAAUAAAGGAGGCCGUGGAUGUGCCAUUACCGCCGUUCGAACAGAGCUUGGUGGCGGUGGGCAGCGCCAGUGACAGCGCGGCAGCCAACAAGUUGGGCUUCAAGGAGACCUUUACUUAUGUCAUGUAUGGCACGGGUGCUUUCGUUGCCGGGUGGAUUUUGUCUGCCUUUAUUUCAGCAAUUGAAUCAAUUCCCUUGCUCCCAAGGAUACUAGAGAUUGUAGGCCUCGGAUACACAAUUUGGUUCAGCUCACGGUAUCUUCUUUUCAAGGAAAACAGGGAUGAACUGUUUGCCAAAGCUUAUGAUCUCAAACUGAAAAUUAUUGGAUCCGAUGAUGCAUGAUUUGGUGUGCAUAUGGUAGGGCUUCGGUG